UGCCAGCCUGCCAGUCCUAGAAUUGUCAGGACUUGAAGACCGGAACAGUUAGUUUAGUUGCCAGGCGGCCGUCUCUAGUGUCUCUAGAGUUUAUACACUCAACGUCAAGUCUCUAAAGCUGACUGCAGCUUUUGAAAUGCUCUCUCACAGGUUUUUGUUGCGAGUAAACGAUCGGCAGCUCAGAGCUAUUUGUCGAAUCUGGGAAUCCAAGCCAGUAAUGCUCGCUGUACUUCCAUAUGUGUGAAUGCGUGCUUCUUGGCUGUUACUGUAGCAUAUUCGCUGGAGCGUUGCGUUACUUGUCGAGAACGGUAGACAGGAAUCCAGCCUAAAGUGUCAUUGACAUGCCAUGACAUCGCUCGACAUGACACGAAAUAGCGUCACACGAAGUACGCGGAAUAGUAUGACUUGACGUGAAAUAGCGUGACAUUACACGAGACGUUAUAACACGAGACGAAAUGUCAUGAGUCAUGACACGACAUGGUACGGCUAGCCGCUGAUCAGGUCCGGUUGCGAGCUUCUCUCGACCAGCCAUGCCGCUCGCUAGUCGACUUGAAAGUCUCCUCUGAUCAGGUCCGAGUGCAACGCUCGCUGGACCGGCCAUGGCGCUGUCGUUCCUCCGGGGGUUCUUCAAAGGAGGGCUGGUUGAAGAGGACCUGGACGCGUACUACCCCGUGCGCCAGGAUGUCCAAGUCGGUACCGUCAGCAAAUUCCGACCCCGGGCGAGCAAGCGUCUCUCAGAGGACAAGUGGAGCGACAUGUUUGAUGCCGAGGGGCGCAUGGUGAACCUGGACGCUGCCCUCAGGCUCAUACAGCGAGGGGGUUGCGAGCCUGGCAUUCGGCCGGAGGUGUGGGAGUAUCUCCUAGGGCUGGUGAGCCCUGCAGCAACGAGCGCAGAGUGUGGCGAGCUGAGGAGCAUGCGCCGGGAGGCCUAUGCUGCACUGCUCAAGGAGUGCCAGCUCGUGGAUCCGGUCAUCGGCAGCGGAUUCGUGGUCGACUUCCCCCGAGUGCAGGACGAUGGCUCCGAGAUGCUUCUCCCGGACUCCUACAUGGGUCCCUUGCGCCUGGUGCCCCCCAUCCCAUCCAUCGACACCCCCUGGGAAGACAGAGGCGCGCAGCUGGGGGUGCUGGAGGAGGAAGAUGAGGGGGAGGGGGAGGGGGAGGGGGAAGAUGGCAGCGGCAGUGGCAGCAGGGAGAGGUGGAGGAAGGGGAGUGAGAGCAUGGAGAGGCGCAGGAGGGCGAGUGAGAAUGAGGUGGAUGAGGCGAUGAGGACGUGGGCAGAGGAGAGGGCGGAGGUGGUGGCUCGAGUGGGGCUGGACAGAAUACACAAGUGGAGACAGGGGCUCUACCAAAUAGGAGUGGAUGUGACGCGUGCCGAUCGCUCGCUCCUAUACUUUGAGAGCAGCAUGGCCCGCGCGCGCCUGAUGAACGUGCUGGCGGUGUAUGCAUGGUUCGACCCCGAUGUGGGCUACUGCCAGGGCAUGAGCGACCUCAUGUCGCCCAUGGUCGUCCUUUUCCCUGAUGACGCCGACGCUUUCUGGGCCUUUGAGCGGCUCAUGAGGAGAGUGAGGGAGGACUUUAUGAAUACUGACACCGGCCUGGGCAUCCAGAGGGAGAUCAGCCGCCUGUCGCACAUGGUUUACACCCUGGACCCCGAGCUGCAUGCACACUUAGACGAGAUCGGCGCGGGCACCAUGUUCUUCACGGUGCGGACUGUUAUGGCCAUGUUCCGCCGAGAGCUGUCCUUUGCUGAUGCGCUCUACCUGUGGGAGAUGACGUGGGCGUGGGACUACGACGCAUGCAGUGCCGCUCUCCUCCCCCUAGCAGACCAGGCCAUUUUUCUCACGGCGCGCCACCUCCCGCACCUCACCAUGGAGCGCGCCGCCUACAUCGCAGCCACCGUGGCCGCUGUGCGCGCCGCCGCCUCUGUGCUCUUGGAUGCUGACCUCUUCACGGCUAUCGCUAUGGACAUUGCGAACGCCACCCGGGUGCCGCUCUCUGCCGCCACUGGCGUUGCUAGUGUUGGUAGCGAUGGCGGUGGUGGUGGUAGCAGUGGUGACGAUUCUUUCACUGCUGGUGGUGGUGGUAGCUCUAGCUCUGCUGCUGCUUCUAUAGGCACUGUGAGCAGCAUAGCAGGCAGCGGGGGCACAUCGGCCUUUGCAGCAGCGCAUGAGGAUGCCAAUCGGGGCUCAGUGGACCUCUUCUCAUCUCCUCAGAGGCUCGAGAUCGCCCUUAUGGCGGCAGAGCUGGCUGUGACUCAGGCCGCCGUGCAUGCCGUGCCGGAUACUCCUGCUUCGGGGGCGCUUAUGGGGAGGAAAGGGGGUGGCGGGGCGGGUGGGAGGGAGUUUGUGGUGCCUGGUGAGUGGGAGGAGGGGGAGGGGGAGGAGGGGGAGGAGAAGGGGGAUGAGGAUGGGGAAGAGUGGGACGGGGGUGAUUUUGGGGAGGAGGAGGGAGAGGAGGGAGGGGAGGAGAGAGAGGGGAGGGAGAGGAGGAAAGCAGGAGAAGAGGAGGAUGAGGAGGAUGAAUAUGGGGAAAGUGAGAGUGGAGAGGGGGAGGAGGAGGAAAGAAGCAAUGGAGAGAGUCAGGGUAGCGACUUGGAAGGAGACAGUGAGGAAGAAGAGGAAGAUCAAGAGCACCGAUCAGAGGAGCGGGUGGAUGGGGGAGAGGGCGAGGGGGAUGAGGAAGAGGAAUGGGGCGGGGACAGGCUGCUGUCCCGUGAAGCUGCUAGGAUAGCAGGCGUGUGGGGGGACGGAGAGGCUGAAGCCGAAGAGCCAGGAAUGGCAGAGCCAGCAGUGGGAGGGGCAGGAACAGGGACGGCAGGAAGAGUGGGGGGGGCGGGAGCAGCUGGAGGUGGAGCAACUGCGGUGGGUGCGAGUGAGUCUUCCUUCUUCGGCCGCAUGCGGUCCCUGUGGGGGAAGAAGGAAGACCCUUCUCCUGCCUCUGCUCGCGAUGCUUCUAAUCCUGCUGCUGCUGCUGCAGGUGCUAGCGCCAGUAGUAGUGGUGGUGAUGCGAGGGUGGGCAGCGCAAAGAGUGUGCACCAGAGCCGCUCAGAAAGCGAGCUGACGCAUGAAGUCAACGUUUACUCCCACACCCGCACACAAACACAGGCAACUAGAAACACGAAUGUCGGUAGUAACUUCAACCCCCGGAGUGAUCAUACGGGCACAGCAGCAUCAGCUGCAGCAGCACUGCAAGUAGCGUCUGACCCAUCACACGCAGCAACAACAGAACCAGCGCCAGCAGGAGCAGAACCAACAGCAGCAGCAGCAGCAGAGUCAGCAUUGGUACCAAGAAGCAGCAGCGACGGGCUGUUUGAAGGGCUGUUUGGCUUCACCCGCAGCAUCACCAUCCAUGUCAUGGGCAGCAGCAGCAGCGGGCCUCCCCUCCCCUCCUCCUCCCUUGCACCCUCCUCCCCCCCCUCCACCUCUACCACCUCCCACAGCCGGCACAGCAGCCGAGGCACCACCAGCCCACACCCUAACAGCACCACAGAGGAUACCGUCUUGGACUUAUCAUCAGUGGUAUCAACCCGCGUGGCGUUUGAUCCGUCCAAGGAUCUCCCCCCCGAAGAAAGGCUUCCCUCCGAGCUGCAGCUAGAGGCAAGGAGGGGCGCGCUGGGGGGGGCGAUGAGGGGGAGUGUGGGGAGUGUGGGGAGUUUUGAGAGGAAGGGGGGUGAGGGGAGGAGGGCGAUUGUACGGUCAGCGUCCGGGGGAAACUGGAUGAAUGAUAGGGCUAGGGGAGAGGGAAGAGAGGGGGGAGGAAAGGGAGGAGAGGUAGGAGGGGGAAGAGGGGGAGGAGGAGUGGGUGAUGGUGGUGGUGGUGGUGGUGAAAGGGGUCUGGGGCGGGGUGGGUUUGGGAGGGUGGGAUCUGAAAUGGGGAGGCCGCCUGUGGGAGCAACAGCUGGGAAGGGGCGAGGGAGGGAGCGAGCGGAGGGGGAGUCGAAGGAGGGGAGGGGUGAUGAAACGCGAGAGAAGAUGGAGGGGGCAGGAGGGGAGGCGGUUGAUGGUAGGGGAGGCAUCAACGGUGCUCGUUCUCCGGCUGCGAAGAGCCCGCAGAUGGACGGUUCGGAUCGGCCGUCUCUCUCGUUGCGCCGCUACCAGUCAAUGGGAUCAGAGAGGGACAGGCAACUCACACCCGGCGGUCAAACCACCAAAAGAAACAGCCCUAUUAGUGCCAGGCACAGUAACAAGGCAACUGCCCUAAAUGCCAACCGGUCGCUGCUCUCAAUGAAACGCACAGGAGGAUCACUCAAAUCCGACAUCCCCCGAAUCGACCUCCACUCUCUCCCCACCAUUCUCGCCCCGCCCUCCCACCCCUCCCACCCCUCCCAGCGCGCCCAAACCCACCUCCCCUUCCCCCUCUCGUCCCAGCACCGCCCGUCCUCCUUCCACUCGCGCCUGCUCCGCCGCCACAACAGCUCCCAGAAGCAGAAGGCAGCAGCGGUGGCUGUGCAGCGGCAGCAGCAGCAGCAGAAGCAGCAGCAGGUGGAGCAGCAUUUGCAGCAGGUGAAGCAGCGGCACGGGUUUCUGAGGAGGUAUCAGAGCAUGAGUCCGGGGCAGCUGCUGCGCCCGCUGCACCUGCCCCUAGUGUGGAAGCAGGAGCAGGAAAUAUCCGAGUUGAAGGGCCAUCGGAGCAUGGCUGCUCAUGAACUCUCGGCUGCUCUUGCCUCUGUUGCUGCUGCUGCUGCUGCGGCUGGCAGUGCGCCUAGCGAUGGCAGCGGCAGUAGGGACACCUUCUGGGGUUUUGGUGGAGCCUUUACUGAUAGGAGCACUGCUGCUGGCGCUAGUGAUUGGGCGCCUGCAGUACUCCUAGCCACGGGGCCGUCUCCCAAUGCUGCUGCUGCUCGCAGCACUGCUGCUGCUGCUGCUGCUGGCAGUAAGCACCACGCCAGCCGUAGUUUCGCCGUUACAACGUCAGAUUCCUCCUCCCCCUCCACCACCCCUUCCGACUCUCGCACACUCUCCCGCUCCUUCACCUGGGCAGAUUCCGGGCCCUACAGAAGGGAUAAUCUUAGGUUCGCUGCCACUCUUGCCAUCCGCGAGCCUUCCUCCCGAACCAGCCUGCGCAGGCACGGCAGCCUGGCGCUAGGCUCGACACGGAGCUUCGGGCCAGGCUCGACAAGGGCGCGCAGGGAUAAGCUGCAGAGGCGGAUGAGCUCGGAUGGGGGGUUCGGAUCACCGUCAGAGCAGCAGCGGAGGACAAGGUUAGAGGAAGGGAGGGAGGAACGGGAAAGAGGAGAAGUUAGAAAUGCAGAAGCAGCAGCAGCAGCAGCUGCUGCAGCAGCGGAAGUGGCAGCGGCAGCAGGAGUUGGGAACAAGAACGUGAGGCGGGUGAGGAGCAACGAGGAGAACCUGGCUUCACGGGGCAUGCCGCCUCUCCCUUGGAGAGACAGCCCGAAAACACCCGUGGGGAUGAUGAAAGAUAGCCCGAAAAUACCAGCCCAGCAGAGGGAUUUAGUGCGGAUGGGCAGCCCAAAAAUCCCUGCACCAGAGGCUGAACUCCGGACGGGGGAGUUGGCAAGGGACAGUCCCAGAACGCUCUUGGAAAUGCAGCAGAGGGAGUUGGUCCGGACGAGCAGCCCGAGAAUCCCUGUGCCUGAAGGCGAGUUGGCAAAGGAGAGUCCAAAAACAAACUUGGGGAUGGGGAUGCAGCAGAGGGAGCUAGUGAGAAUGGGCAGCCCUAAGAUCCCUGCUCCCGCGGGUGAUGUGUGGAGGAGUGACUCGAGGAGAGCACUGGGGAUCGUGGGUGAGGUGCGGGAAUUCGUGACCCGUGGGAGUUCGCCUAGAGAUCAGUUAUCUUCCGCUCCUGCCCCUGCUGCAGAUGCAACUUCCUUGGGAUUCCGCCUAGAGAUCAGCAGACCCGUGGGAUCUGCAGACCCGUGGGAUUCCGCCCUUGCCGCUGCUGCAGAUGCAACUUCCGCUGCAGAUGCGGAAACUGCAGAUGCAACUUCCACUGCUCGAGACGCCCGAGACUCCUCUUCCUCCUCCUCCACUGUUGUCGGUGGCACUGCCGCUGGUCGCGCUUCUUCCCUGCAAGCUCAGUCGGGCAAGGGUGAGCCUGAGAGUGCACGGGGGAGUAGGGACAGCACGGGUGACCCGCACGCGCCUUUGCAGCGCCUCAGACCCCCGCACGUUGAGGUGCCGGGGGCUGCUGCUGCUGCUGCCCCUGCUGCGCCUUCUCCUGCUGCUGCUUCUCCCCCUGCUGCAAGUAUUGCUGUUGGUGCAGCUGCUCCUGGUGCCGCCCCUGAGCAGCCAAGGCCGUCGCCCUUCCUGCCUCCCAGGUCCCCAGGCACUUUCUCCCACAAGCCCUCCCGCUCUCUCCCCUCUCCCUCCGCCUCCGCUCGUCCCGCGCCUGGUGGUGUUGCUGGGGGUGCAGCUGCUGCUGCUGCUGCUCGCACUAGCGUACCUAGCAACUAUCUCCUCGGCCUGCCUCCCAUAUCUCCCAGGCUCUCCCGGACCAGCUCGGCAGGCUCGGGUUCCGAGUCUGCAGGUUCGGGAUCCGCCAGCACUUUCGGGCACGGCUGGGGAGGCUCCACUAAAUCGCCUCGCUACCUGCCGUCGCCUCCCGGCGGUUCAGGCAGCACUGCAGGCCGCAUUGCAGGCAGCACUGCAGGCAGCAUUGCAGGCAGCAGGCCUAGUGGGCUUCGGAAGGGGUCCUCUCUACAAUCACCACGCUCAUUGCAGUCUCCACACUCUUUAGAAUCACCGGGUAGUGGAGAGGCAAGGCGUGGUGACCUCAAACCCGAACCCAACCCCUCAGCAUCCGUGCAAGAAGCUGUCAAUCUCAUGCAGGAAAGAGCCUUGCAGCCGUUGAACGAUUCGCCCGAGAAAGCCCGGUCCAUGCAGGAGAGAGACCAGAUUCGCCCAGAUCACCGGUCCAACGAUCUCCCAGAUUCGCCCCACCUCUUCUCUCACUCCAAGUCUCUACCCCGAGCCUCUCCCCCUUCUCCUGCUAGCAUGUUUCAUCCCCCCAUGCGCCGUUUAAGCCUCAAGGUUCCCCUGGAGCUACACCUGAAUGUCAAGUCACCCCGGGCGGAACACCCUCCAAAAUCCCCGGGUUCCCUGCAUUUUGCCCUCCCCUUUGAGGUGAACCUAGGGCUUAAAUCCCCCGGCCCUUUUAGAAUUCCUCCCGAGCUUAGUUCUGGUAUGAAGUCCCCCCGACCAUUCAUCCCUCCGGAUCUCCUUAAAUCCCCGCUGGCUCUUAAAUCCCCGUCGUCCAAAGAGUUCUUAGCUAAGAUAUUUGACGACACGAACCGGGCAAUGCUGCAGUCGGGUGCGGUGAAAAAGGGUGCCAAGGGGUGGCACAGCCUUCCGCGGGAGGCGGGAGGGGUGCUGGGAGGGCGGGAGGAGGAGAGGGAGGAGGAGGGGAGCAGGCAGGAGGGGGCAAGGAGGCAUACAGAAAAGGAGAGCAGCCGGGAUGGGGAAUGGGAGGAGGCGCACCAGAGAAGCUCAAGUGGGGGGGAAGGAAGUGUGAAGGGAUUUUGUGGGACGAAGGAGGGAGAGGGAGCAAAGGAGGGCAAGGAGGCAGGGGGAGCAGCAGAGGAAGGGGGAACCAAGAGGGAAGCAGGGAUGCAGGGUGGGGGGGGGAUGAUGGGUGAAGGGGAGGCGAAGGGUGCAGCAGUGUCUGAAGAGGCAGAUGCGGAUGAGGACUGGCUAGGAUCAGGCUUCGUGCAGAGCCCUUCGCUGUCCUUGAGUCUGCAGAGUGCGAGUGGCUUCAGGGGAGGGGAGGAUGACGAUGAGGCAACGCAGGCAGGGGAGGCAGGGCAGGCAGGGCAGGUGACAGAGAAGGGAUUGGGAGAUGGUGAGAGUGAGAGCAUUGGCUCUGAAGGCAGGAAAGCUAGUUCUGAAGGUAGUAGGCCCAGUAGUGGCCCUAUGGCUUUUAUUGACCUUGCACUCUCUCCCCCCGCUGCUGCUGCUGCAGCUGUUGUUGCUGGUGUGGCUGCUGAUGCAUCCCCUGCUGCUGGUGCUGGUGGUAGUGCUGCUGCUGCUGCUGUUGCUGGUAGCAGGAAGGAUGUCUUUCAAUUCAUGCCUCUUUCGUCUUCCACAGCACCAAAAGUACUGCCACCACCGCCCCCAGCAUCCUCUGCACCGCCAUUAGCAGCACUGCCUUCCACAUCAUCAUCAUCAUCAUCAUCAUCAUCAUCAUCAUCAUCAUCAUCAUCAUCAUCAUCAUCAUCAUCAUCAUCAUCAUCAUCAUCAUCAUCAUCAUCAUCAUCAUCAUCAUCAUCAUCAUCAUCAUCAUCAUCAUCAUCAUCAUCAUCAUCAUCAUCAUCAUCAUCAUCAUCAUCAUCAUCAUCAUCAUCAUCAUCAUCGUCAGCAGCAGCAGCAGCAGCAGCAGCAGCAGCGUCAGCAGCAGCAACCACAGCAGCAGCGUCAGCAGCAGCAACCACAGCAGCAACCGCAGCACCAGAAGCGACAGCAGCAACAGACAGCCCAACCACACCUCCCAGCUCCAUCUCUAAGAACUCUCCCUCCCUAACCUCAAGCACAGGCUCGGGCUCAGGUUCGGGCUUAGGCUCGGACCGCAGGCGGCCCUCAAUCCCGCCUCUCGUGGUCCUCGCCCCUUCCGCACCUCUCCCCAGCUCCAUCACCAAACCUGCUGCCGAAGCUCCGUCCUCCCCGUCCGAGUCUAACGCAUCGUCCCCGGCACUGUCCGUGGCUGAGAUACCAUCUCCACAGGGGGAGGUGGACGAGGAGGGGGUGGUGAUUGGGGGAGGGGAGGAGGAGGGGGAGGUGGAGGUGGAGAGGAUGACGACGUUCUGUGUGCUGGCGAUUCUGCUGGAGAUGCGGGAAGACCUGGUGCAGUAUGCUCAAGGGCUUGACGACGUGGUGCAUUAUUUCAACCUUGCCGCCACUAGUUGGAACAUUAAGAAGCUCUGCAAGAAGGCUGUGACAUACCAUCGCAAAUACCUUUACCUGAGAAUGGCUCGUGCAAACGCCAUGUCAGUCUACUUUACAUGAAGAACAACCACCAUUUUCAGAGCCACGAUGGCCCUCAAUCUGACUACUCGGUCUCAGGAUUCGCGUCACUAAAGACCCUGAAAUUCAGCAUUCCCUAGAACAUCUAUUUAUUUCAGGAUUACUUUGAAGUUUUAAUAUGAAUUACAGAGUGUUUUUUUAGACUUCUUAUCUAUCAGUAGAACCUGUGGGCACUUGGAGUACAAGAAGGAAGGACAUCCAUGGAAGAAACGAUGGGAGAAGAA